AUGUGGGCUUCGGACACUGGAUGGGAAGCCAAAAAAAAUAAUAGGGAAGCAUUUGAUAAUAAGGUUAGUAACAAGAUUAAGAACUUCAAAUCUUCAUCAAGAUUUGCUUACUUCUCUGGCCCUAUUCCUGAAGAAAUAGGUUACCUAAGGUCUCUUAUUUAUCUACAGUUGUACGAUAACUCUCUUAAUGGUUCUAUUCCUGCUUCAUUGGGGAAUUUGAGAAACUUGCAAGUUCUGUCUCUCAAUGACAACAAUCUGAUUGAGGAAAUUCCUUUAGCUAUUUGCAAUUUGACAUCAAUGGUAACCCUGUAUUUGUCGAGAAAUAACUUGAAAGGAAAUAUUCUGAAAUGCUUGGGUAAUAUCAGUUCCCUCCAGUAUGUGAUGAUGUCAAAUAAUAAUCUCAGUGGAGAGCUCCAUCCGUCUAUUUGCAAUUUAACAUCGCUGCAAAUUCUAGAUUUGGGUAGAAACAAUCUAAAGGGAGCAAUUCCGCAAUGUUUUGGAAACAUGAAUGGUCAUCUUGAGGUUCUGGAUAUGCAACACAACAAUCUUUUUGGGACUCUUCCAGCGACUUUUAGGCAUUUCUUGUUUCAGUGA